AUGGCCACUGCAACAUAUACCCUCGAAUCACCGCUGGUUAUCGACAAGCAUGUUGUCACCCAGCCGCAGCCUUCCCCCCGACAGAGCGUUCUUAUGCUGAAUGGCUUCAAACAGCCUUAUUCCCUCGUCGAUGAUCAUACCAUUCCUUCCAUCUUUCACUCGGACGAGAUUCUCGUCAAGGUUGUUUCCAUCGGUUUGAAUCCGAUUGAUUGGAAAGCACCAGCCUUCAAAUUCGGCAUCCCCAGUCUCCCCUGGAUCAACGGUCGAGAUCUCGCUGGCAUAGUCGUCAAGACAUCAUCAUCAUCAUCCUCUCGUCUCAAAGUCGGGGACACAGUCCUCGUUCCCUCAACAGACUACCGUGAUAUCCGGAAAGCUGCAUUCCAAGAAUAUGCCAUCACGACGCACUUUAACGCAGCCCGUAUCCCAUCAUCCACAUCGACUGCCGGUGCUGCCAGUCUAGGAGUCGCUUUCGUGGCUGCCUCCUUGGCACUGGGUGUUUCCCUUGGAUUGGAUCUGUCCAAGUUGACCGUCCCCGGACCGGAUUUGGUGGAUGUUCUCCGUUAUGCGAGUGAUAUCCCUGAAAAUGUCAAGAGCGAGUGUUUUCCUUCUGAGCGGGUCAAGGCCGGAGAGUGGAUUGUCAUCUGGGGUGGCUCAACAACAACCGGCCUCAUAACCCUUCAACUCGCCAAACUCGCCGGCCUAAAAGUCAUCACCGUCGUCGACGCAGCCCGCCACGGCCAGAGACUCCUCGCAGCAGGAACAGACCUUCUCGUCGACCGGCACGACCCCCAGCGCGCAAUCGAGAUCAUCCGCGGCCUGACAGGCUCCAAUCUGCGGUACGCCAUCGACAUCGUCGGCCGCGACACGGCCACUCUUCUUCAGCAAACACUCAAAGUCGAUCCAGCCCGUCCCUCGCAUUUACUCGGACUAACGGGGCUCCCGAAGGAGCAGGUCGAGGGGAUCCAGUAUCAUACUGUGCCGAUUAAGGUGUUCCAUGCGUGUCCGGCUGUGGGUGAGGGGUUGGUAAGGUGGCUGGAGGGGCUGUUGGAGAGAGAAGUGCUCACGCUGCCUGAGGUGGUGAGGGUGAGUGGAGGGUUAGGGGCGAUUAAUGAGGCGUUGGAGAGGUUGAGGGAUGGGACGGUAUCAGGGAAGAGGAUUGUGGUUGAUUUGGAUUGA